AUUAUAAUUGUUGUUUAGAAAGUCAGAAAGUCGAUCGCAAAAGCAUUGGACAUUGUCGGAAGUGGAAACCGCUUUGUAGUCUCCUUUCCAGUCGUAAGUUCCACCGUGGGUAUAGGAAUUUUGUAGUCAUGCCUCCGAAGCCCAAACCGGCGGAAAAAUCAGGGAAGGCUGAGAAGAAGCCUGAAAAAAAAGUAGAGAAGAAGCCAGCGGCAUCUGCACCUGCUCCGGCUUCUGCUCCAAGCACUUCGAGUGCCAAGCCCGCAGCUGCUAAGUCUUCAAAGACUCCCGCUCCGGCGCCUAAGGUAGCUACAGCGAAAGUAGCUGCUGCUGCGGCCGCUGCAGCGAGCGCCUCGAAACCCGCCACUGCCAAACCAGCGGCAAAGGCGGGCCAAAAGGCGGGUGGCAGCAAACCAGCAGCCAAGUCUGCCGGCGCGGCCAAACCUGCUGCAACCAAGGCCAAGAAAGCCCCGGCAAAGGCACCUGCCAAGGGAGCAGCGAAGCCCGGUGCCAAGGCAGCGGCCAAGCCAGGAUCGAAGCCUGCGGUUAAAAAGACUCCGGUAAAACCUGCAACUAAAAAAGUUGUAGAAAAGCCAAAACGAGGUGUCGCGCCAAAGUCUCAAAAGGGAGGGAAAGUUGUUAAAAAGACACCAGUUCAGAAGGCCCUUAAUGUCAAACUAAAGGUCAUCAGAGGAAGCCAUGGGACGAGGACGAGGAAAAUUAGGACGUCUGUCCACUUCAGGAGGCCAAAGACAUUUGAGCCGCCGAGGAAGCCUAAAUAUCCUCGCAAGUCUGUUCCGAGGAGGAACCGUAUGGACGCGUACAACAUUAUCAAAUCGCCGUUGACGACUGAGGCUGCCAUGAAAAAGAUAGAGGACAACAACACACUCGUCUUCCUCGUCCACCUCAGGGCUAAUAAGCAUCAUAUUCGCACAGCUGUCAAAAAACUGUACGAUAUUGAUGUAGCAAAGGUCAACACCCUCGUUAGGCCUGACGGAAAGAAAAAAGCCUAUGUGAGAUUAGCAAGAGACUUCGAUGCGUUGGACGUUGCAAAUAAAAUUGGGAUCAUAUAAAUAUCUCGUUUUUGUAUAUAUUUUUAUGUUCUCAAUAUAACAAUAUAAAAAAAUUUCUUUUUA